AUGGAAAAGGCGCUGGUUGGAGUGAAGAUUGUUGACUUAAGUCGGGUGCAGGCGGGGCCGUCCUGCGCUCAGCUACUGGGCUUCCUUGGAGCUGAUGUAAUCAAGGUCGAAGAUACCACCGGCGGCGACAGCACACGCUGGGAGCUCGCCGCACGGUCCGAUCAGGACAGCGUGUACUACACGAUCUUCAACGGAAACAAGCGAGCAAUGACGCUGAAUCUGAAGACGGAGAGAGGCCAGCAGAUAUUCACCAGACUGGUCGAGUUGGGCGACGUGGUUUUGGAGAACUUCUCCAAGGGCGUGAUGGAACGCCUGGGAUUCGGAUACGAACGACUCAAGGAGAUCAACCCACAGGUGAUCUACGCACGAUCAAGGGUUUCGGCACAUGGGGGCCGUACUCAGAUUACAAGUCGUACGAGAUAG